CAUGGGUCAAAAAGUGCCGAAACAUUUGUGCCAGUCUUCUACUGUCUUUUCUUUCUCACCUUAACUAAACUCACAGAUGGAACCAGAAGAAACCGCCGUUACCGCUGUCGACGGAAGUGGUGAUGAGGGACUGCUGUUGUUAGACGGCAGUGAUGUCGGCGGUGGCAAGGACAGAGUGAAGGGUCCUUGGUCCCCGGAAGAGGACGCCAUUCUGAGUCGUCUCGUUAGCAAGUUCGGCGCCAGAAACUGGAGUCUCAUCGCACGGGGGAUCAGUGGAAGAUCCGGCAAGUCUUGCCGUCUCCGGUGGUGCAACCAGCUCGACCCCUCCGUUAAGCGCAAGCCCUUUACAGAUGAGGAGGACAGAAUCAUAGUUGCUGCUCAUGCAAUUCAUGGCAACAAAUGGGCAGCCAUUGCCAGGCUUCUACCCGGAAGAACGGAUAAUGCCAUUAAGAACCACUGGAAUUCCACUCUGAGGCGUCGGGGAGUUGAACUUGAUAAGAUUAAAUUAGAAUCUGGUAACUUCAUGGAAGAUGCCAGCUUAGAGAAGGCAAAAGGAUCCUCGGAAGACACUCUAUCAUGUGGGGACGUUUCUUUGAAAUCCUCGGAAGGGAGAGAUGUCAGUUCUGUAGACGUCAUGGAUGAUAAAUCUGAUGGUAAAGCUCAAGCUGAGGGCCAAUUACACCACAAAGUCAAGGAUCCACCUACCCUUUUUCGGCCAGUAGCUCGUGUAAGUGCUUUCAACGUUUAUCAGUCGAAUGAUGUUACACAGCCUUCAACAUCAAUUCAAAGACCUGUCCCGAAGCAAGGUCCCAUUUUACAAUCGUCAAGACCAGAUAUGGAAUUUUGUAGGAUGGUUGAAGGAAUUUGUGGUGACCAGGCAGUACCUCACCAGUGUGGCCAUGGUUGCUGUGCUGCUCCAAAUGGUAGAAAGUCUGAAAGCUCUUUGUUGGGACCGGAAUUCAUCGAAUUUUCUGAACCCCCAUCUUUCCCAAAUUUUGAGUUGGCUGCAAUCGCUGCAGACAUCAGUAACCUUGCCUGGCUUAAAAGUGGAUUGGAGAAUAGUAGUGUGAAAAUGAUGGGAAACACGUCUGGCAGUGUAAUAUCAAAUGGAUCUCGAGUACAUAUUGGCCAUUAGAUUGUCCUGAGUGAGGACUGGGUAAUGGGCAUGAUGCAGGCUAAGUGAUGAUUGUCUGUUUUCCUUGCAAAUCUAAUAAGGCAACCAAAGUUAAGUGAGUCGAUUCUAUGAUUUAAAUGGAUUCACUAGGUAAAAUUAGAAUGUUGGAUUGAACAAUUUUGUUUUUUGGGAUUGACUGAUUAGGUACUACAUGAUUUCGAAACUAACAAAAAUUACUUGCUUUUCUAUCUAUUUUGAGUUGCUGUUCUUUUGCGUA